AUGGAAGCGAUACGGGAUGAAUUCUCUGCACGACACGCACGAGUUGGGCGCAAACGAGAAUGAGCCGCACCUUGACACACCAGCGGAUGACCGGGCUGCAAUGGUCCAGAAUGGCAAGCACGAGGCGGACGCAGGGCGCGAUGUUUCCAUGGUCCCUACUACACCACGGCGACCACCCGACCUGGUCUCACGCUUGACCUUGCAACUUCCACCACCGACGUCUGCUGUCUCGCUGCCUCCAGUGCCACCGCACUCGCCUGCCAUUCCGCGACACUCUCGCGGUCUGGACUUCAGUCGCGCGUGUACCACCCUACACCACUCCACGCUGGCCGAGAGCAGUCCCGACUCUUCGCCGGUCAUCUCGCACAAGGCCAUGCCCAUACCUGCGCGCCGGCUGUCAUCUGGCGCCAUGGCUCUUGACUCACCCAGUCUCGCAGCGUUUGGCUCGACGCCGUGGGGCUCUCUUGCUCAGGCGCAUGAGAAGAGUACUGUGGGCAGCUCGGUAGGCAGCGCACACAUGAUGGGUUCGGGCAGUGAAACCUCGGAGAGUGAUGGCGACGCAAGCAUGGGUGGAGAUGAGGUCGAAGAUCCAGCAUUCUCCACGCCACAGGUGCACAAACUGCAGAAUGCCUUCGCACCAACGCCUUUCCAGCAGUCGACCUAUACCCCUCUGACGCCAACUGCUCCAACCUGGGGAACUGGCAGUCACUUCUCGCCAGCUCAAGCUUCUCUGCUCAAAACCAUCAGACGUACGCGAUUGCAUAAGACUGUCAAAGGUAGGAGCCGAAAAAGCUCCAGCAGUGCCAGUGGAAGUGGGUACAACUCGGUAGCAUCACCUCGUAACAUUUCGCCACCACCCAUGAGCAGUAUAGAGACAACUGGUAGUGGGAAUUUCUUGAAUAUGACGAAUGCCGCGCGGAGUCGACGUGAAAGCCUGGCCAUGGGCACUGAUGGCCUCCAGCUCUCUAGCGGCAACGACAGUGGAGACGAGGCAACCUCCACUGCGCCUGCAACCCCGGGUGUGGUCCGUCGACCAGUAGUACGUCGAGGCAAUCUCUUGCCUAAGACCAAGGGCUUUGCCCGUAUUCGAGCGGCUCUCAUCGAAGAGGCAGCUCCAGUUGAUUCUGAGUCGAGGCGAGAAGCUGAAACAAUUCGACAGGUACGCGAGCGUGACAACAGCGUUGGCGAGCUGGAUGGGCAUCACGACCGACCUUUGAGCUCAACGGCAGCUUCGUCGCCAAACCUACUUCCAGCUGUGCCCGAGUGCGCACAGGAAGAUUUUGGUCGAGACCUGGACAGCGAUACAACCAGCACUCGAUGGUUGGGACUAGGUGCAACCUUUUCUGAUCAUGCGAGCCGAAACAGCGGUGGGUUGGAGUACUGGCAACGAUUUGAUCCAUUAACGCGCACCCCGCCACCCGUGAUGUUCAACAGGCAGAGCAGCAGCGCCAUGUCGGACACGAAUAUGGACUCACCCUUUGGGGAUUUCACCACAUGGCGUCGUCCACGGGCGCGCUCGUCUGCUUCUGAUGCUUCAGAAGCGAUUCUGUCGAACAGCGCCGGUGUGGCAGGCGCGGUGCUCAGCGAUGAUAUGCACCUUCAAAAGUUCAAGAAGCGACCACGCGAAGACGACUUCGACAUUGGAACCAUCAAACGCCGAGCUGUAUCGCCAGGAAUGAGCACUGCGCAGAACAGCCCUGUGCUAACCAACUCGCCCUCGACCCGCGAUGGCAGUGCUGGCUGGGGUCAACCGCCGGAGAAGACGCACAAAACGGCCUCUGUCAGCAGUGAAUCAGGAACUCUAGCCCAAGGCGCUCGAGGCGGCGUUGGAGGAGGUGGCACAGGCAACUUGGUCAGCCAGGGCAAGAAGCUGGGUUUGCAGCCCAUGGCUGACACCAGAGAUGAGCUCAUGAAAAUGAGCAUCGAGUGAAGGCUGCGUCAUGCACACACACACUUGGAACAUGCAUGCAUGCCCGCGGGUUAGGAGGUUCAUCGAACAGUUUGGCUGUAUGGCUGCCAGUGUAUCAUAUCUAUGUAGAUGAAAUGGAAUCGGUGCGAAUAGUGC